AUGGAAGAAACCUACCUCCUCAGGGUGGAAGGAGUCAAGAAGAAGAUUUUACAUGGAGGUUACGGGAAACUGCCUCAUUUUCAAGAUGGGAGCAAGAUCACCUUCCACUUCCAGACCCUGAAAGAUGAUUUUGAGCGGACAGUGAUUGAUGACAGCCGUAAUAGUGGGGUCCCCAUGGAGAUCAUUGUGGGGAAGAUGUUCAAAAUCGAAGUGUGGGAGACGUUGCUGACCUCCAUGAGGAUCAACGAGGUGGCGGAGUUCUGGUGCGACCCUGUACAUACAGGAAUGUACGCUUUGGUCUCCAAAGGCUUGAGGCAAAUUGCCGAAGGCAAAGAUCCUCUCCACAGGCAGAAUCACCAUUGUGGAAUGGGCAACAUGUUUGACUAUCACAGCACAGGCUACGCAGAUCUGGAUGAACUACAGAGGACUCCUCAGCCCCUCAUCUUCAUCAUGGAGCUAUUCAAAGUGAACACGUGGGCCAUGAGCAACGAUGAGAAGUUGGCUGCUGUGCCAAAAUUACACACGGAGGGCAACCGGCUGGUCUUGUCCAGGAAAUUCAAGGAAGCAGCAGAGAAAUAUCAGGAAGCUGUCAUCUGUUUGCGCAAUCUCCAGGUUAAGGAGAAGCCAUGGGAGGAAGAAUGGCUGACGCUAGAGAACCUCGUCACGCCACUUGUGUUGAAUUACUGCCAGUGCCUGCUAGAGUUAGGGGAAUACUACGAAGUGUUGGAACACACCACAGAAAUUCUACAGAAGCAUAAGGGUAUGACAAUCACUUUGAUCUGCUUUCCUCGGUUUUGGCUUGAUGAACUUAACCAUCGUUGGGUGUAAACUAUCGUUUUAUGUGGGUCCUACCUGAGAUGUUUUCUCAAAUUACAUUUCUACCUUGGACUCCUGUUUCUUUUAUUGGUCUUGGUUAUGGCUCUUCCUCCUGGUCCUCAAGUUACUCCUUCUGCACGUUCUAGUUUGUGGUAGAGGUCAUAUUUUUGUAAGAUCGUGUUGUUUGUGUGACAGAAUAAUUUCUGUAUGAUUUGGUCUUCUCAUCUCAAUAGCAAUGGUCCUUGAACAUAAAGGGUGUCAUGUCCCCAUCGGGAGCCUGAAUCUGUGGGGGAAGAUGAGCUGGAACCUGAGCUGACAGAAAUUGAGGGGGCGGCUUCACCAUUUUCCCUUUGGAGGAAAAUGGGGAAGGGCAGGGCCAGUUAGCCAGGGCCUUUCAGGAUUAGGAGAACUGGUAAACGGAGAGAAACAGGGGCAGGAUGAACAUGAGAGAUAGAGAUCCAGUGAGGAGCAAGGGCCACCCACUCCUGAUCCGAGAGCAUGGAGAGUGGAGAGAAAGCGGGAACAACGUAGACUGUGCAGGCUACUCGGGAGAACAGUGCCCCGCCUAUCUUCACAAGGCACACCUGGGGAAUGAGACUUAAGGAGACGCUGUGGGGAGGGUCAUUUGUCGGGAACAAACGCUGAGUUCCUGAAGUGUUAAGUGUUUGAACUUCCCAAGAGUCCUUACAUUCUUUCUGGCUUUCUGGACUAAUUACCUGGAUCCUUUGCUUCCUGAACUCCUUGAUUUGCCCUGCUGGAUGGAUUGCUGUGCAGCCUUGGUAUACACAGUGCUGGGCUGGACUAUUUGCAGCCAGAGGCUUCUUGACGUGUGUGUGAGGGUUUGACAUCAUUUGCUCUGGAAUUGGCCAGAAACAUGGGAACGUUUGGGGAAAUUUGGAGCAAUAAAGGGACAGUUUGAAGUGCCAGCUGUUUGUGUUAUAUCUGUGCCGUGCCCCAGGUCAUCACAAAGGGCUACAUAUGAGAAGUGGUUGUGAAUGAUCACAUUUUAUAAGUUUUGUUUAGGAAAAUGUAAAAUGUAAACCAUCUUUGUUCUUUCCUAGAAAAUGUCAAGGCUUACUUCAAGCGGGCAAAAGCUCACGCUGCUGUUUGGAAUGAGCAGGAAGCGCGAGCAGAUUUCUUGAAGGCAGCCCAACUGGA